AUGCCCCCCAAGAAAAGCGCGUCCAAGGUUUCUACAAAAGCCUCGGAUGCAUCCAAAAGUACUAAAAGUACAACGAAUACCACGGUGUCUAAAACUACAACCAAGGGUCGCGCUUCAAAGAGCAACCCUUCCAAAACAUCCGCUGCGACCACUAAAAAUGAAGCUACCAAACCGACAAAAAGAUCUGCCACCUCUACAUCCGUCGCUACAGUGAAGAAGCGAAAAGCCGAGGAUGUCGAUGAAGAACCAGCUCCCGAACCCAAGGAAGCGAAAAAGCCCCGUGUUGCGAAACCUCGUGCCACGAAGGAGAAACCCAAAGUGGUCAUCAAUCACGCCCCGACAACUCGUCUAAACGUCUACGUCUGCGGUGAAGGUAGUUCUGGCGAGCUUGGUCUUGGACCGGAAAAGAACGCGGUGGAUGUCAAACGCCCACGUCUCAACCCCCAUCUGCCAGCAGACCGCGUCGGCGUUGUGCAAAUUGCUGUCGGUGGCAUGCAUUGCGUUGCCCUUACAUACGACAACAAAGUACUUACCUGGGGUGUCAACGAUCAGGGCGCUCUUGGGAGAGAGACCGCUUGGGAAGGAGGCUACAAGGAUAUUGAAGACAACAAGAGCGAUGCCGACUCCGACUCCGACGACGAUGAACCUGCCCUGAAUCCACACGAGUCCACACCAACUGCCAUUCCAUCACACGCGUUCCCUGAAGGCACCAUCAUCGUAGAAGUUGCUGCUGGCGAUAGCUCCAGUUUCGCCCUUACAGAUGAUGGCCAGGUUUAUGGAUGGGGAACAUUCAGAAGCAAUGACGGUAUCUUAGGGUUUGACGCUGCUCACGAGGUCCAGUCUACCCCGGCUCUGAUCCCGUCAUUGAAGAAAAUCAAACACUUAACAUGUGGAGAUAAUCAUGUUCUUGCUUUGAAUGACAAAGGUGCCGUAUUUUCGUGGGGAUCCGGCCAGCAGAACCAAUUGGGUCGUCGCAUUAUCGAACGGAACAGACUGAACGGUCUCCAGCCGAGGGAGUUUGGCCUCCCCAAGAACAUCGUUCACAUAGCUUCUGGCGCAUUUCACUCCUUCGCUGUUCAUCAGUCUGGCAAAGUCUAUGCUUGGGGCUUGAAUAGUUUUGGUGAGACAGGCAUUCGUAACGGUGCCGGUGAUGACGAGGCUGCUAUAGUUCAUCCCACUGUUGUGGACUCCUUGUCCGGGAAAAAUGUCACCCAGCUCUGCGGCGGUGCCCAUCAUUCGCUUGCUGCCUCUGAGGAUGGCCAAUGUCUUGUGUGGGGUCGCUUGGACGGGUAUCAGACAGGCUUGAAAAUCGACACUCUUCCUGACGAAGCGGUUAUCAAAGAUGAACGUGGACGGCCUCGCAUCUUAAUUGAGCCCACGCCCGUGCUAGGGAUCAAGGCCAAUGUUGUAGCAGCCGGGUCUGAUCAUUCAAUCGCCAUUGACGCUGAUGGUCGUCCCUGGUCGUGGGGAUUCUCUGCUACAUACCAAACCGGCCAGGGCACUUCGGAUGAUAUCGAGGUAGCAACCAUCGUGGAGAACACUGCUGUACGUGGCAAGACACUUAAUUGGGCCGGAGCUGGUGGUCAAUUCUCAGUAUUCACAGAGCCCGUGAAGUCUUGA